UACCGUGUUAUGCUUCUGGUGACUUUAUUUAUGGCACUACAAGACCUUUAUGAUAGGCUGUGUGAAAUUCAAAUGUAUUAGGUUUUGUUGGCUUCAGGCUUCAGCCAGGCCUAUGGACAUAUGGACAUUUUUUUUGUAACGUUGUAACACUGUUUGCUGAAAAGAUACUCACAAAGUGCUGGUGUCAUAUUCACAUAUGAUUAUGAUUAUAAGAGUGUUUUUGUUUUCAAGUUAAAUGGUAUUCUGGAAAGCUGGUGAAGAACUGUUUUAAAAAUGGGCACACUGCUCUGGUUCAGAUUAAAGUCACUUGCGCAAUUGAGUGGAAGAUAAUGUCUUCAUGGUUCAAGGUUCAUGGCCAAUCUAUGGGUUAGCCUUGAGAGAAGUGCGCUGCAGUUCAAUUGUCCACAUUUUGGACACAAACAUGAAUCUAACAGCGGAAAGCCACAGAAUCCCUUUGAGUGAUGGUAACAGUAUUCCACUCCUGGGACUGGGCACCUAUGGGGACCCUCAAACGACACCCAAAGGCACUGCAUGUGACUGUGUCAAGCUGGCCAUAGAUGUGGGCUACAGGCACUUUGAUGGGGCGUUGGUAUAUUUCAAUGAGCAUGAAGUGGGUCAGGCCAUUAGGGAGAAGAUAGCUGAUGGAACCGUUAGAAGAGAGGACAUCUUUUACUGCGGAAAGCUCUGGAAUACCUUCCAUCCACCAGAGUUGGUGAGACCAGCCUUAGAGAAGACACUGAAAGCCUUAAAACUGGACUAUGUGGAUCUCUACGUCAUUGAGCUUCCAAUGGCCUUCAAGCCUGGAAAGGCCUUUUAUCCAAAGGACCAAGAUGGAAACUACAUCUACCACCACACAGAUCUCUGUGCAACAUGGGAGGCUUUAGAGGCUUGCAAAGAUGCUGGACUGGUUAAGUCCCUGGGAGUCUCCAACUUCAAUCGCAGGCAGCUGGAGCUGCUUCUGAAUAAACCUGGUCUCAAACACAAACCCGUAUCCAACCAGGUCGAAUGCCACCCAUAUUUCACACAACCAAAACUUCUGGAGUACUGUCGUCACAAUGACAUCGUGAUUGUUGGCUAUUGCCCAAUUGGCUCCUCCAGAGAUGCAUCUUGGGUGAAUUUGAAAUGUCCUCCUCUGCUGGACGAUGAGGUGCUUGUAUCCAUUGGGAAAAAAUACAACAAAAGUAGUGCCCAGGUGGCCCUGCGCUUCAACAUACAGAGAGGAGUUGUAGUGAUCCCAAAGAGCUUCAACCCUGAGCGGAUCAAACAUAACUUCCAGAUAUUUGAUUUUUCACUGACUGAGGAAGAAAUGAAAGCCAUUGAAGCACUGAACAAAAAUAUUCGGUUUGUUGAGUUGCUGAUGUGGAGUGAUCAUCCGGAGUACCCCUUUCAUGAUGAAUACUGACCUUUGUAACUUUCACGUGAUGUACUUGAUUUUUAAGAAAGAUGGAAUAAAUAACAGA